UAGUUUGUUUGGCUACCGUAUGUUGGAGUUAAUUUUUAUAUAUAUUCAUCAUUGAUCAGCUCGAAGCGCUAAGUGUCAUAUAGAACACACAAAACAAGGCCACCCAGUGAGAGCCGCAAAGAGGAAUCUGUUUGUUUUUCAGGAAGCAAAGGAUUCUUGCUUUGAGUUUGAUAAUCUGCUGCUGUUUAGCCUUUCAAUGGCUGCUUUUCUUGGGGCAUUGAAGAAGCUUUCCAUCUGUUUGAUUCUUUGGCUCAAUACUCUCCCUUUUCUUCAAGGUGGCAGUGAUUAUUAUGAAUUCAAAUACCCAUUCAUCAAAAGGGCGAGUUCAUUUUGGGCAUCAUCAUCAUCGUUCUCAUCAUCAAACACAGACGAAGCAUCAUAUGAUUACAUAAUAGUGGGAGGUGGCACAGCAGGAUGUCCCUUAGCAGCCACACUGUCUCAAAACUUCAGUGUGUUGGUGUUGGAGAGAGGAGGCGUUCCCUUCUCAAACGUCAAUGUCUCCUUCCUCAGCAACUUCCACAUCGCCCUGGCAGACACGUCCCCCACCUCUGCUUCCCAACCUUUUGUUUCAACCGAUGGUGUCAUCAAUGCAAGGGCUAGGGUUCUGGGUGGUGGCACUUGCAUCAAUGCUGGCUUUUACACCAGAGCUAACUCAGGUUUCAUCCGGAGAGUGGGUUGGGAUGAAAGGCUAGUAAAUGAGUCAUAUCCAUGGGUGGAGAAGCAAAUUAUUCACCAGCCUAAACUAGCACAAUGGCAGGGUGCCUUCAAGGACAGCCUUUUGGAUGUUGGGGUGUCACCUUAUAAUGGAUUCACCUACGAUCAUAUCCAUGGAACUAAAGUUGGAGGUACCCUUUUCGACCGCUUUGGCCGUCGCCAUACUGCAGCCGAACUGCUUGCUUCUGCAAACCCCAAAAUGCUUACUGUCUUGGUAUAUGCCACCGUCCAAAAAGUCUUAUUCGAUCAAACAGGGAGGAGACCAAUGGCAAUGGGAGUGAUUUUCAAGGAUGAAAAUGGGAACCAGCAUCAGGCAUUUCUCACAAACAAUCGGAGGAGUGAAGUGAUUUUGUCAUGUGGUGCAAUUGGAACUCCUCAAAUGCUAAUGCUCAGUGGUAUUGGACCAAAGGCUGAACUCAACAAGUUGAACAUUUCUAUGGUUCUGCGCAAUGAGUUUGUUGGCAAAGGCAUGGCUGAUAACCCGAUGAACUCGGUUUUCGUCCCCACUAAUCGACCAGUGGAACAGUCCCUUAUUCAAACUGUAGGCAUUACCAAGAUGGGGGUUUACAUUGAAUCCAGCAGUGGAUUUGGACAAUCCCAGGAUAGCAUUCGUUGCCAUCAUGGAAUAUUGUCUGCUGAGAUCGGUCAGCUCUCUACGAUUCCUCCGAAGCAAAGGACACCCGAAGCGAUCCAAGCUUUCAUCAAAAGAAAACGAGACCUACCACAUGAAGCAUUCAAGGGAGGUUUCAUUUUGGAAAAGAUUGCCAGGCCUAUUUCCACGGGGCACCUCAACUUGGUCAACACCAACAUCGAUGACAACCCUUCAGUUACCUUCAACUACUUCCACCACCCACAUGAUCUGCAGCGAUGCGUUGACGGGAUCCGCAUGGCUGCCAAGGUUAUACAAUCAAAACAUUUCACAAACUUCACAAGGUGUGACAAACCAACUGUAGAGAAGCUUCUUAACAUGAGUGUCAAGGCUAACAUUAACCUUAUACCAAAGCAUACUAAUGACACCAAGUCCCUAGAGCAGUUCUGCAAAGACACUGUGAUCACAAUUUGGCAUUACCAUGGAGGGUGCCACGUCGGCAAAGUGGUGGAUCCUGACCUCAAAGUUCUUGGCACCAACAGACUCCGAAUUGUCGAUGGCUCCACAUUUAAUGAAUCCCCUGGAACAAAUCCUCAGGGCACUGUCUUGAUGAUGGGCAGGUACAUGGGAGUCAAGAUUUUGAGAAGAAGACUAGGAAAAGCUGCUCAUGUGUAAUAAUGACAUGAGACCAAGUGGUGGCAUUUGAAGAGCAGUGUUUGUAGUAGUGCAUAAAGUUUAUGUAAGAGAUUACUUUGCCCCGGGAAAUUUAGCAAAUGUCUAUUUUACAUGUU